AUGAUAUAUGAAAAUGCAGUAGAAUCUCGUAGAACGAGUGCUCCAUUAUACGAGCUGCCAUUCAACGAGCAGCCGUCGUACACAUGGAAGCAGUCGGUGACUGAGGUCGAGGGAAGCAUUGCCAGCUGCCGUAUUCUAUUGCUAAGAAUCAACACGGUCAAAGGCAAGACGAAGCGCAUCUGUGAACGCCUGACGCCCAGAUCAUUUAUUCAUUUUAUUGGAGAAAAUUCCUCGAAGUACUUAUCACAGAUAACGUCACGUACCAACGCUAUCGAUUUGCCUCCCUUUCUCGAGGUACACGGAGAGGAGGUGACGACAAAGGUCAUAAAUAUUUUUUUUUUAUUUCUUUCUGUUGGUCGGACAUUGUUUAAUCGGUUAUUCCAAGAUUUAUCCACCAAACAGGAAACUGGAACAAUUUAUCUAUGCCUUUCUUUCUUUCUUUCUUUCUUUCUUAGUCUUUCCAUUAUUAUCUAUCUAUCUAUCUAUCUAUCUAUCUAUCUAUCUAUCUAUCUCAUUCUAUCCAUUAUCUAUCUAUGUAUCUAUCUAUCUCAUUAUUUCCAUUAUCUAUCUAUCUUAAACUCUUAUUUAUCUAUCUAUCUAUCUAUCUAUCUAUAA